AUGUCGAAUACAGAUGAAAUAGAUGAUUGCUAUGGUAUAGUAAUCGAUGCGGGCUCAUCUGGGUCUAGGAUUCAUAUUUAUAAAUGGAAGGACCCUUCAUCGUUUGACCAGUCAUCCAAAGGCAAAGAAGAACAAGAUCUAUUACAUUCUGUUCCUCAGAUUUACCAGGAGAAAGAUUGGACGUAUAAGGUAACACCAGGAUUAUCUAGUUAUGAAUAUAAUACUAAAAAGUCAUUCUCUGAGCAUAUUAAUCCUUUAUUGACAUUCGCUAAGGAUAUAAUUCCUGCUUCUAAAAUUAAGAAUACUCCAGUUUUUAUUCAAGCAACUGCUGGUAUGAGAUUAUUACCAGAGAAGAAGAGAGAACAAAUCCUUGAAAAUAUUUGUACUGGCUUAACUCAGGGAUCCGAUUUUCUGAUUCGUGACUGCGCGUCUCAAAUACAAGUAAUUGAUGGUGAAACUGAAGGUUUAUACGGUUGGAUUACACUAAAUUAUUUAUCUGGUAUGUUUAACAAAUAUAAUAGCACUAAUAAAUCACAUUUUACUCUGGGUUUCCUUGAUAUGGGUGGUGCUUCCACUCAAAUUGCAUUUGCUCCUAGCGACCAAAAGGAAGUAUCAAAGCAUAGUGAAGAUAUUGCUACAGUAUACUUAAAGAGUAUAAAUGGAGAUUUGCAAGAGUGGAAUGUCUUUGUAAGUACGUGGUUAGGCUUUGGUGCUAAUCAAGCAAGAAAUAGAUAUUUCGCACAGCUAAUUAACGUAUUACCAGAGAAUACAAAUAAAUAUGACGAUGAUGACUUUGAAACAAGGAUUUUAUCAGACCCUUGUAUGCCAAAAGGCUCAACAACCAUAUAUAAUUUUAAAGAGCACGAUUUUACGAUUGAAGGUUCAGGAGAUUACGAAAAAUGUACAAAAAUGAUCUAUCCUUUGUUGCUGACUAAUAUGCCAUGUAUUGACGAACCAUGCUUAUUUAAUGGAGUUCAUGCCCCCCAAAUUGAUUUUAAAAAUGAUAAACUAGUCGGAACUUCCGAAUUUUGGUAUACUGCUAACGACAUAUUCAAAUUAGGGGGGACUUAUAAUUUCAAGGAAUAUAAUCAAAAAGUAAAAGAAUUUUGUAAUACAGAUUGGGAGACUAUCAAGCGAAAUGGUGAACAAGGUUUAUACAACAAUAUCCCGGAAAGUUUUCUAAUUGCUUCUUGCUUUAAGGCUAACUGGAUUCUUAAUGUUUUGCACGAAGGGUUUAGUCUUCCAAGAAUUGAUGCAGAAUCAUCAUCCGAAAAUUCUGAAUUUCCUUUGUUCAAAAGUGCAGCAAAUGUCAACGGCAUCGAGUUAUCUUGGACACUAGGGAGAAUAUUAUUGUAUGCUUCGGGUAGUAUUCUGGUAGGUAAUGAUUCUGGAAAAGUGGGUAUAGAACCAAGCUCAAUUAGAGUAUUAAAUGAGGGGAAAAAAUUCUUAUCUGGUUAUAUUUCUAGAACUACUAUGCAUAAUUCUCACUCUUAUUUUUUUAAGAUUAUAGCAAUUAUUUUUCUUCUCUUGGUAAUGCUUUUGACUUUAUUUAGAAAAUCACAAAGCUUUAAGGGUCUUUCACACUCUUCCCUAAAUAAGGUUGAUUCCUUUGUAACGAAUCAUCGGCUUUACUAUCCUUCAUUUGCAACUAUACAUCAGUUUAUUUCGAAAGUUAAGAUGAGAAUAGCGAGAAAUAGGUAUACGAAGUUGGAUGAUCGGAUGGUUAUGUUGGAGGAAGGAAUAAUUUCUAACGAUUUAGAAGAGGGUGAUUCAGGAACGCUAAGAAUGAAAAGUAAGAGUAUGUUUGAAUUGGGUCCAAAUAGAAACAUAGAGACAGCGAGAUAUAAUACUGGUGGUGCUAAUUUUUCCCGAACAACUGUUUCAACAAGAAGUGGUCCACCAUCUAGCAGUUCGUCCCAUACAAAUAGAGUGUCUCAACCUAUGUUUUCCAUGACUGAUUUCUCAGAGUUGAGCAAACCCAGUGGAUCCCGUUAA